UUGUACUCACACCUGCAUUCCGUACAGACUACCUACUCUAGUACUUCCAACGAGUAUUUCUACACCUACAUCUACGCCUACACCUACGGUGCCCAUGGGAGAGCUAUCUGCAAUGAUUUCUGGACCUACUUCCUGCCACUGCCAAUAACAAUCUACAUCUCCAGAUCCAAUCUCGACUCCCCGCCAACUGAAAACUCGUAUGGCAAUAUGAACGAAUGCAAUCGGCGCGCAUUUCUGUCUCGAGAUUGGACAAUGUCUUCUCACGCCUUCCAAUUCGCCGUUCUGAUAGUAGACCCAGCCCCAGCCUCGAUCGAUCUUUCCAUCCCAAUACCAGACUUGUCAGUCAACUCCGCAGACCCAACUACAUCACUUUCAAUUCCUCGUGCUCGUACUGACAAAUUAUCUUUCAGUUCCACUUGCGCUGCCCCCAUGCGAUUGGCAUAAGGUCUUUCCACAGCAGCGCAGUACCGCUCCCCACUCCCACUGACAACGACAAAAUCAAAACAACGCUACGCAAACGCAAACGAUAUAUUUCGCCUGCGGGGGCUCUUUUUUCAUGGCUCAAUAAAAAGUCGCUUGCGCUGAAGCGGAAUUACUUCAAUCGUAUCUGGACAACAAUCGAUCACUUGUCUAUCCAUGCGGUAGUCUUGCACAGAUUAAAUGCUAAUAUCAACGCUCUGGAAGAUACGGUAUGUUUCCUGGCAGAGAGGCAUCUAUGUUAAUACUUAUUUUUCUAGUCCAGUGAGCUAUCAGUCAGCAAUACAGUCAGCAUUACAACCAGCAAAUACGACCUCUAUUUACCCAGAAAUCUUCGAGGUGAAGGAAUUACCGAGGAAGAUAUCAGUCAUUGGGUAUGGAUAUUUUCCGGCGAAAAUCCGAAGGCGAUGCUGCAUCGCUUUCUCGAAAAGCCACCCAUCAAGUCCCAUGUUCUCCUGUUGAGGAUUUUGCAAUGGGACAUUACAGAUGUUCAAGAUCUACGCAGAGUCUUAAUCUUUGUUUGGAAACAUAUACUUCGGGUACCGCAACCAGACAAAUUUGCUGGCAUGGCGGAUGCUUCAGUGCGGAUAUCGACGAGGAGGUCUUAUAGAGUUCAUGGCCCGAUAUCGAUGGAUGACCAUACAUUCGGACGUCUGGUCUCUCUUCUUGCACGCCAUGUUCGAAAGAUUUGGCCCGAAGCCAUGCCCAAUAUUGCCUGCAUGCUCAUACCAUAUUCUGAAUCGAUUUUUACCGACUUGCCCGAUGAUUGCAGAGACGUCGACCUUCAUCGCCACCGAAGACUCUGUACGUUGUAUAAUCGUUUCCUACGACGUUUUGAACUACCUGCAUCCCUACACCCCCUCGCCUCCAUGAAACACAAUUGGAGUGCACAACGGAAACUUUUGGAAUUGGGGGGAGAUUUUCAACCUCCUCUGAUCUUGAACGAGCGAAGCUUUCAAGCUAUAGCUACUGUGAUGGCUGCCUCAAGGAAAACGGCACGAGAGUCAAAGGUUGCGACACUUCGUUCCCGUGAUUGGCCCCCAUGGAGAAUUGCUCAAGAUGGUAUGGAUGCGCUGAGCACUCCCCAGGUGGAUACUAGUAGGGUUUUGCUGGCCCUGGCGCAGAAAGCAAACUCAGGAUAUGCUCCUACAAUAAUUGACGCCCUUUUAAAGAUAGCUGGCGGGCAAGAACUGGAUGGUACCCCAACAAUACACACUCGACGUCUGAUGAAGUUCAGACAGAGGGCAAGACAACUUUCUGAAGGAUCUGAUCCGCUGGACCCAAAUGUAUGGGGCAUGAGAAUUGAGGCAACUCGAGAUGUACAAGAAGCGUGGAGUGCAUUUAUCGAGUUUGAAAAUUGCGGUGGAGUUCCGACACAAGCCACAUACUAUCCAAUGCUUAUGAAGCUUCAGUACGAAGGGAAGAGACUUGGUCAUGAAGGAAGGAAGUCUAAAAAUGCCAUGGCCCCAGGCGAUGCUAGAGAAGUCAUGGCAGUUGCAAAAAACAAUUAUAGCAAAAGCUAUCAAUCCCGACUUCAACCACCUAGCUUUCUCGUACUUUAUCAUCGAAUGGUAUCUUCUGGUAUUAGACCCAGUGGGAGAUGUCUGAAUUUCCUGAUACAGCGAGCGCCUUCCCUAAGGCAGGGGUUAAUUAUUCUUCGAGAGGGUAAAGGAAUUCCUUUCGAUUCUUGGCUGUAUAUCAGUGGUAAGGAUACUUUGCACGAAAGGUUUGACGUUGACAUCCUCCCCGAGGACAAUAUCUUCUCGGUGGUUCAUAUGCUAUGCCGCUUUCUGUUAUACGCCGCCAAGCCGAGAGUUGAGGGUGAUGCUCCAAUUGCGGCCGAGGCCAAAGAAGCAACUUUCAACCCACUGCCCCAAGCCAUAGCACUUGUGAAGAGAAAACUCCCUAUGUUCCGACCAACCUGGUAUACCCUUUUUAAAGCACUAUCAAGGAGAGAUGUAGUUGUUUCUUUGGAACUUGCUGGGGAGCCCGAGAACGACAUUUUGGCAUGGCAGCUGCUCCGGGAUCUCCUUUCGGAUUUUCACCGUUGCGGACUAGAGCUUGAUCCAGACGGCUUUGUACACAUUUGCUCUAUAGCAUCCAAAGCUUUUCCUAUGCUAGCUACGCUUUUUACCGUAGAGGCGUCGAGCGCUCUUGAACUGCUGAAAAGGGAGUUUGCAAAGUUGGUUGAUGUCCAGAAAUCAGUUUACGAUCUGCCACAACAUCUGCAUCGCAUAUCUGGGCACAAUCUUCAUCUUUACGUUCGCGUGAUGGGGAUCGCUGGGCAGCACGAGGAGAUCAUCAAGGUGCUGCGAUGGACUGUUGAAAAUUACGAGUAUUUGCAGACGGCAUCCAUGGAUUCUGUUAAGGAGCAAAGACACAUGCGCAAGCUUUUUAUGGCGAUACGUGUGUUUCUUAGCAGGACGGAGUUCAUGAAAGAGGCGGAUGAUCUGGUGGAGGAGAUUCCCGAUUGGGAAGGUUGGGCAAGUGAUGAGGAGAUUGAGGAGUAUGUCAGGACGCCUGAUGGGCGUGGCUAGAAAUGUUGUGUGCAUAGAUUGUAGGAUGGACUGUAUGAUAGGUACGACGUUGUAGAAUCAUGGAUUGGACGAUGGUCCUUUGUAUAUCU